GCUCACGCCUUCUUCCUCUACUCACGGGGCUCAAGACUCACGCCGUCUGCUCUGCCACGUAAUCUCGAGUAAGAGCCCUGAUCUCUCACAACAACUCUUCUCACGGACGUCACUGGGAACAAAACAAAACUCACUCCGGGAGGUGCAUCUUGAAACUAACCUAAAAACCGGCGAACACACCCUCACGGGAGUCUCCACAGGGCAUGUGUGAGAGUGUGUGUGUGUGUGUGCGUGUGUGUGUGCAGCAUGCGUCAGCUGAAGGGGAAGCCUCGUAAGGAGUCGUGGAAGGACAAGCGCGAGCGGAAGCAGGCCAUGCUGGAGGCGCGUCAGCAGGUCACCACCGUCGUCGUGCCAACACUCCUGCUGCUCGUCGCCCUCAUCGUGCUCUUUGUCUACGUGGCAACCCGCCCCGGCGACCUCGAGUAGCAACCGCCAUGGAGGAGCUCUGAGAACACUCUUUCUCCCUCUCUCUCUCUCUUUCUCCCUCUCUCUUUCCCCCUCCCUCUCUCUCUCCCUCCCUCCCUCUCUCUCUCCCUCUCUUUCUCCCUCUCUCUCCCUCCCUCUCCCCUUCCCUCUGCAUCUGGAUUGUUUGGCGUUGUUGUUCGUGGUUGCCAGGGGCAACAGCAGAGAUUGAGCCUCUACAUGAACGAAGAUGUCACUCAGCACAAACCCCGCCUCCACCACAAGGACACACCCCCAUCAGCACAAAGGCACGCCCCCACCAGAGACACACCCCCGUCAGCACGAAGCCACGCCUCCACCACGGGGCAGUGCCUGCGAACUCACUCCACCCAAAGACCAGUCCAGACAGAGCAGUGUGUGUGUGAGUGAGUGUGUGUGUGUGAGAGUGUUUCUUAGACUAGGAGGACAAACUAUGAAGAAGACAAUCAUGGAACUUCACACACACACACACACACACGCAUGCAUGCACCCACACAAACACAGAAAUGCAGCAUUCUAGCUGGACUUGAAUGUUAAUAUGUGCCUUAAUCCUGAUAUACAAUGCAAUGAAUAAAACCUGAAAUGAUGAAAAAUGA